AUGGAGAUCCUCGCCCCGAGGAACCCGUAUUCAUCGCAGCGCAUCAGCUCUGCAAUUCUUUCUUUUUGCUUCGGGAAAUUUCUUAGCACUGCGCGGUUCUUCAUCUUCAUUAAACGUUUUCUCGGGGUUGGAAAGGAGAGUAAGAGAGAGCAGAAAGCAGCAGGUUCCGAGAGCUUUGUAGAGUUUGUUUUCGCCGCCAAGGCAACCGCAAACCGCAACAGUUUGAAUCGGGGGAUCGAUCCGAUCCGAUUGAUUCGAUCCGAUUCGAUUGUCCGAUCUGUUCGAUGA